CGUGCGUGCCCCGCCCCUCCGGCGGAGCCCGGAUGAAGUGCAACGCCAUUACCGCCAGAGCCGCCGAGAGCCCUAGCGGACGUGCAGUGGACGCUGACCGGCGGCACCAUGAGACUCCUCCCCCGCCUGCUGCUGCUGUUCCUGCUGGCCUUCCCCGCCGCCGUGCUGCUCCGCGGAGGCCCCGGAGGGUCAUUAGCAGUGGCUCAAGAUCUUACAGAUGAUGAAGAAACAGUGGAAGAUUCGAUAAUUGAAGAUGAAGACGAUGAAGCUGAAGUAGAAGAAGACGAACCCACAGAUUUGGCAGAAGAUAAAGAAGAAGAAGAUGUGUCUGGUGAACCAGAAGCUUCACCGAGUGCAGACACAACUAUCUUAUUUGUAAAAGGAGAAGAUUUUCCAGCAAACAACAUCGUGAAGUUCCUGGUAGGCUUUACGAACAAGGGGACAGAAGAUUUUAUUGUUGAAUCUCUAGAUGCCUCAUUUCGUUAUCCUCAGGACUACCAGUUUUACAUCCAGAAUUUCACAGCUCUUCCUCUGAACACUAUAGUACCACCCCAGAGACAGGCGACUUUUGAGUAUUCCUUCAUUCCUGCAGAACCCAUGGGGGGACGGCCUUUUGGUCUGGUCAUCAAUCUGAACUACAAAGAUUUGAAUGGCAAUGUAUUCCAAGAUGCUGUCUUCAAUCAGACAGUUACAGUUAUUGAAAGAGAGGACGGGCUAGAUGGAGAAACAAUUUUUAUGUAUAUGUUCCUUGCUGGUCUUGGGCUUCUAGUUGUUGUUGGCCUUCAUCAACUCCUGGAAUCUAGAAAGCGCAAGAGACCUAUACAGAAAGUAGAAAUGGGUACAUCGAGUCAAAAUGAUGUUGACAUGAGUUGGAUUCCUCAGGAAACUUUGAAUCAGAUCAUGCAGAGCAGAAGAGAUAAAGCUUCUCCAAGAAGGCUGCCCAGGAAGCGGGCACAGAAGAGAUCAGUGGGAUCUGAUGAGUAAAUGUUCUUUGUGCAACAAUUCAGUCUGUGCUUCCCCUGCCCUAAUGUUUUUCAGCCUGACGGGAAUUAGUGCAGAGAAGCCCUAUCACCAUAGAAGGCAACUCCUGCUUAUGUGUGGACUGAGCAGUCAGAGUCUGUGGCGAUAAUCUUGCUGAAAAUGCACUGCAUUCGUUUUUCUAAAGUAACAAAUUUGGUUUUUCUUUUUUUUUUAAGCCAUUAAACUGUGUGGGUGUGAGUGUCUGAGCAGUUGUCUUACCAGAAUCAUUGUCAAACUACCUGAAACAUGCCUUUAGAAUACUCAGCAAAGCGCUGUUGCUGCCUCCCUUGUGAUAUUUUCUGAUUUUUUUACCCCAAGCUCAAUUGAUACUUUUCCCCAGUGUAGUUUUAGAUGUUCUGCCUUUUGAGGAAAUAAUUUGCUUAUUCAAAUCAAAUCUGAAUUGAUGGCACAAACUGGCCUUUUGCUUGCUGUCUGCUACAGCUUAUAUUGUAAAGGCACAGGCAGGCGUGGCUGCUGUCUGAGCAACAGAGGCAUGUUGCUGGGUGUUUGCUGCUGUUUACUGUCUGCACACCUUCAGGAACUUACCUUACCCGUGGAGUCAAAGAAUUUGGAAUCUCUAAGCAACAAAAUUGUGAAACCUGACACUUCUAUUGAUAUUGGUAUAUAAAUCCUAAUUCCAUACCUGUUUUUUUUGUUUGUUUGUUUUGUUUUUAAACAAAAAAUAGUAUGUUUGUGCAAACUGGGUUGUUGUGUUGUCUGUUGUUCUAUGUGACUUGUGAGAGCUUUGGAGUGACCUCCUUUCCUUGCUUCUUUGCUUGUUGUUGGGUUUAAGCGGAGCUUUUUGUUCUUAAAAAUUAUCUUAAAAAUUGUCAUGGUCUACAGACCAAGGGGAUCAAAUUUUCAGGGCAGGGUACAUUUUAGUUAAUCCUAAUCUACAAAAACAAUUGGAUAGAUUUAAAAUCGUUACAAGGUUUAUCUUUUAACUUGAUCUUUUGAGGUUUUGAUUGUUGACCUACAUGCUAUCUUUGUUAAUGUGAAAAGUUCCCAAAAUUUAAGGACUUACGAUUUCUGGACCAAAAUUAAGUUGGUUUUGAUAACAAUACUUUAAGUUACUCUUGCCUAAACUAGUGAAUUAAGUUUGACAUUAUUGUCAGACUUAAUAGAAAUUAACAUUGAGUGUGAUUGGGUAAGAGACUUGGCUCUGUGUUUUAGCCAUAUUCUCCCUGGUGUAUUACAAGGAAGUAGUAAUUUCAGUAGGUUCUUUUAUUCCUGACUUCUUCUCAUUUUUAUUGGAAGGUCCAAUCCCUUCCCCACACACCUACAGGAAAACAACAAAACAAAACAUAGACAGAAAACAGAACUUCCAAGCUGUGUAAGAUGUAAGCCAAAGCCAAUAAUGACAGAAGAUCUUCUGUAAUUGUUAAUCACGUUGCAAAAGGGGCUGAAAUGUCAAAUUGCCUAUGUUUGCAUUGUUGAACUGUAAACUUUCUAUGCUUGUAAUAUGAUGUGUGCGGGUUUUUAAUUGAGCUGUAUAAUCAGUUUAUUUUGAAAAGGUGCUUUGAGGCCUGAGGAACUGUAUGGUUUUUAACUUGAUGUAAUAUAGGAGACGCUUCUCAUUCUCAAGCAUUUCCCAGAAUCUUCUGUGAAUAUCUGCGUUUGUUAAGCUACUGUAACAUACUACAGUAAGAUAUACAUAAUUAAAACCUUUAAAUGGC